AUUGAAAAGAAAUCCACUGAUAGUUGUGAUGAUGUUUGUGUUAAAUUUAAAUGUUUAGAAGAAAGGCUGGCAAGAAUUAUUCAAAUAUCAGGAUGUUUAAACUAUUUGUCAUUUAGUGACUGA